GUUGCUGAGGGUUUGGUGUUUCUACAUGAGAACAACAUUGUCUAUCGUGACCUGAAGCCCGAUAACAUCUUAAUCUUCUCUCUCAAUCUAGGAAUGAUGAUUAACGCAAAGAUCGCUGACUACGGUAUAUCCAAGUUUACAACACGUUACGGUUUGAAGUCCAGUGAAGGCACACCAGGCUACAGAGCACCAGAGGUCAUCAGAGGAACAGCAACAUACAACACUGAGGUCGAUGUUUAUUCUUUUGGGAUUGUUCUGUAUGAACUUGUCACUGGUGGCAAGAAACCAUUUGAAGAUCUUGACUUUCGCAAUGAGCUAGAUGAUGCUGUUGUUAGGGGGCGUAAAUUACCUCCUUUAACAGAAAGUGAUGUUGCACCAUGGCCAGAGUUGCAGGAACUUAUUGAUCUCUGUCUGGAACACAUACCAGAGAAUAGACCUACGUCGGAACAAGCAUAUCAGCGUUUAAGUGCACCUGAGUUGUUGUGUCUGCGAAAUACAUUUCCACUCUUCAAAGGAGUAUCUGUAGAAUGUACUACAGUUAGA